ACAUCAGCCUGAGCUCUGCAACCUUCUCUCAAACACUUCUCAGCCCCAGCUUUUGCCUUUGCAAAUGGCGGAAGCAGUUCUCUUCAGCCUUGCCACUGACAUACUGAAAAGCCUCACCGCCGAAAUGGCGAAACCUGGAGGCUCCUUCGCUUCUCAGAAGAUCCAGUUGCUCUGCAGUGCCAAGGACGAACUCCUAAGCCUUGAGGACACCGUCCAGACCAUCCAUGCAGUGCUUUUGGAUGCCGAGAAGCAGCAGUGGCACAACAACCAGGUCAAGCUCUGGCUCAAGAGGCUCAAGGACGUAUUGUACGACGUACAGGACUUGCUCGACGAUGUCGCAACCGAAGAUCUGAGGUGGAAGGUCACUUCCGGCAACAAGAUGUCGAAAGUGGUACACAUUUUCUUCUCUAAAUCAAAUCAGCUUGCAUACCGCCUCAAAGUGGCUAAUAAGAUUCAAGAACUUAGGAAGAAACUGGAUCAGGUUAAAAAUCAUAGGGAGUUAAACUUAGAGCGGCAUCCUAGUGAGGCAACUCUUUCUUUUGUGAGGAGGAGGACAUCUCACUCUUUUGCGCGCGAGGAAGAAAUAAUUGGUAGAGAAGAGGAUAAGAAGGAGAUCAUCGCACAUUUGCUUGAUUCCUCCUGCAGAGAGAGUGUGUCAGUUGUUUCCAUCGUCGGUAUAGGAGGACUGGGAAAAACCACGCUUGCUGAUCUGGUAUACAACGAUGGAAAGGUGAAGGACUUUUUCGAGCUUAAGAUGUGGGUGUGUCAUGGGGAUCCUAAAAUCUUUGAUGUGGAUUUGAUCAUCAAAGAAAUACUGAAAUCUGCCAAAGAUCAGUGUCAAGAGGAUCCUGAGAUGAAGAGAAAUCUGGAAGGCAUUGAGAAUAUAUCUAAGGACCAGCUGCAGAGGCUCCUUCCUAAGGUAUUAGAUGGGAAGAAAUACUUGCUUGUUUUGGAUGACUUGUGGAAUGAUGAUCGCCUGAGAUGGUUGGAACUCCAACCAUUGCUAAUGGGCGGUUCAAGGGGAAGCAAGAUACUAAUAACCACGCGCAGUCGGUCGGUUGUGCAGGCAACGGAUGAGAAUUCAGUUGUCCAUGAUCGACAUGGCUUAUCUGAAGAUAAGGCAUGGGACUUGUUCAAGAAAAUGGCUUUUGGAGAUGGGAAAGAAUCAUUAGACUCUAAAUUGGAGGAGAUAGGUCGAGAUAUUGUUAAAAAAUGUGCUGGUGUUCCCCUUGCCAUCAAAACAAUGGGUGGCCUUCUAUACGCCAAAAAGGAAAAAGAGUGGCUCAAAUUCAAAGACCAUGAACUUUCAAAAAUAGAUGAGUCGGAACACGGAAUUAUGGAAGUCCUCAAGCUUAGUUACGAUCAUCUUCCGUCGCAUUUAAAACAUUGUUUUGCAUAUUGCGCGUUGUUUCCAAAACAUUAUGUCUUUGAUAAACAGACAAUGAUACAACUCUGGAUGGCACAAGGCUUCAUUGAGUCAUUGGAGGGGAAUGAGGAACUAGAAGAGCUGGGGAUAGUUAUGUCUCGGACCUACUAA